AUGUCCCCACUGCGCCAACAACUGUCCAAAAACCUCAAGGAACUGCGCAUCCACCUGUGCCAGACGUCGCCCGGGAGCAAGGGAACAAGGGAAUUUAUCCUCUCCGAGUACGCCGCGAUCAAAGACGCCAACCCGCACUUUCCCAUCCUCGUGCGUGAGGCUGCGGGUGUCGAGGCACGGGUGUUUGGACGAUAUGCAUACGGCCUCGAACGCAAAAUCAGCCUCGAGAACCUGUCCAAGGACGACGUGGCGGGCAAGAUAGCGCAGCUCGCUGAGUCGCGGCCGAGUUCUGCCGAGCGAUGA